UGCGUCGUAGGACUUGGUCAGGUUGUCAACGACGCGUUGCUAUCGGAUCAUAUGUCAUCAUGGCGAUAAGAUUGUGAUAUCGAGGCAGGCGAACUAUGGUGGACUACCUGUCCCGCUACCGACUGUACAGCUUGGGGUACACCUCCCCCACCCCCCGGGCACCUGUCACGUCCUACAGGCAACUGUACCAUGACGCAAACAGACACCUCUACAAGUCGUCGGGAGACAGGCCAUUUCAUGACUGUGGGCCCGAGUGCGCCCGGGAAAUGAGAGACCCGCGGGAUUGGGAGGCGAGGCUGCUGUCACGUGGUCUGAGACAGACGUAUGAUCACGUGGGGAACCUGCGCAAGAAGCCCGAGGAGAAGACGCAGGGCAGGAGACCACCAGACAAGCUACUCUUGAGGACCGGCGAACUCGGAACCCAGAGCGGCGACUUCCACUACCCACGUGGCCUGGUUGCUACCGACUCGUGCGACAUCGUCGUUGCCGACAGUCACAACCAUCGCGUCCAAAUCCUCAAUCAGAUGGGCGUAUACAAGGUGAAGUUUGGAGUCAAGGGUUCGGAGCCAGGUCAGUUUAAUGAACCCGUUGAUGUAUGUGAGCUGCCCAAUGGCGACUUGGCUGUGGCGGACAGACGCAACAAAAGAGUCCAAGUCUUCACACCCGAGGGAAAAUUCAAAUAUCUCUUCCCUACUCAACACGAACCGUAUAGCCUUGCCUGCGAUGUUUCAUUCAACAUCAUAGUAGCAACAACGUCGAGGACGAUAGAAGUACAUCGCCGGGUGGGUAAACUGUUGCACUCAUUCAAAUUUGGCGGGAAAGCCACUUCAAGCUGCCCUGUUCAAAUCUGCACCAACAAGAAUGAAGAAAUCAUCGUCAGUGACCCAGUCGAUGCUCAAGUCAAGUUCUUCACGUAUGAUGGCCGCUGUUUGAACCGGUUCCGGCCCAGUUCCUGUGGAGAGGCACUCACGUUUGUUCCAGGGGGUAUCUGUGUGAACGUAGUGGGUGAGGUACUCGUUUCCGACACCCUCAACCACACGGUGAACCUGUACACAGAGAGGGGGGUUCUCCUUCAACAACUCCUCUCCCCUGUAGACGGCGCAGGUACAGUACACUCCAUCAGCGUCGGCCGAGAGGGACACCUGGUGGCCACGGAAUUCAGCGUAAAGGGAGAGCACUGCGUCAAGAUAUUCCGGUACUUGAACUGUGAUUGCCACCAGACGAGACCGCCGUCAAGCAGACGCCGAACCCCGAUUCACUUCAUGGAUAUAUAAUGUCGAAUCAAACCCCAGCCCUAGUGACCAAGGAUAGUAUGAAACCAAAGCAUUUUCAAGUCUUCUACACACCUCAAUUAUGGCGUAUACCAAAUACAACAUAACUCAUCUUGUCAUUGUCUUUUGAGAAAUCCACCCGAUGAUAACUUUUUUUAUAAUGUUAUUUCUUUUGGGAGUACACAAAAAUAUGUUUACAGAUUAUAGUUCACACACAAUCAAAAAUACAUGCAAGUUACCAAGUAUAUAUGUGUGAAGUCCAUUGCUGGUGUCCGCCGUGAUAUUACUGGAAUAUUGCUAAAAGCGGUAUGAAACCUAACUCACUCACUCACUACAAAGUAUAUCUAUACAUAAUAACAAACAAUAAUAUUCCAGCGUUUGUAUGACAAGAACCUGUUGGAAUUGUGUAGGUUAGUUGGUUACUCGAAUAGAUAGUGACAUCGUGAACAAAAUGUCAUGAACUUUCUGUAUUUACAUUGGAAAUAUGAUAUGUCUGUCCAUCUUAUAUGAGUUGGUUGUUUCUUGUUUGACUUGCCAGUGACUGACGAUCAGUGUUCUUAAUAUUAAUGCAGUGGUGCCUGAAGCCAAACCAGUACAUAUACGAUUUAUACUCUUCUACGCAAUAUAAUAUAUAUGAUUGUACACGUUUUUAAUAAAUAGCUAUGUUAAUCAUGA